CCCCAGACCUGUUUAUUUAUGCAGACGUCACCGGGGAGCCCCCGCCCCCUCCUGCAUCUCAUUAAGUGCCUGGUGUGUUUCUCGCUCCCUGUCAAUAAUCCCGGAUCCCAGACUUCUCCGUUCCUCCGGAUUUCGAUCCCCCUUUUUCUAUCUGUCAAUCAGCGCCGCCUUUGAACUGAAAAGCUCUCAGUCCAACUUCAACUCACUCAAACCCGAGCGGCACAGGCUCCCAAUAUCCGCGGCGGCUGCCCCCCCGUUACAGCUGACUUCUUGGGUUUGUUUGUUGCAUUAUUUUUUUUUUUCCCCCCAACGCCCCCCCCCCUCCCCCCGGUCUAUAUAUUUUUUAUUAUUAUUAAUUUUUUCGUGAGUGCGUGCGCGGGUGUGAGUGCGUGUGCGCGCAGUGCACGCCGACCAGCUCCCUGGAAGAAAGAAAGAGAAAAUCCCGAAGAAGGAAAGGAAGAAGCCUAAAGUCACUGGUGCAAAGGAGCAAAGAAGAGACAUUUCCCUCCCCUCCUCCUCCCUCUUUUCCCCUCCCCAGGAGGAAAGAGAAGGGGAAAAAAAAGAAACUUUCACCUUGGACUCUUCUUUUUUUGGUGCAAACUUUCCCCCCCCUCCCCUCUUCUUUUUUCCUUUUUCCCCCCCAUUCCCCUCUUUUUUUUUUUUUCUUCUUUUUUUUUUCCCCCUUCCCCUUUUUGCAAAAUUGCUGCUGGUGGGGUGAGCCAGGAGGAAAAUGCCGCAGCUGAACGGCGGUGGAGGGGACGACCUGGGCGCCAACGAUGAACUGAUCUCUUUCAAAGACGAAGGGGAGCAGGAGGAGAAGAUCUCCGAGAACUCCUCGGCGGAGAGGGAUUUAGCUGAUGUCAAGUCGUCUCUCGUCAAUGAAUCAGAAACGAAUCAAAACAGCUCCUCAGACUCGGAGGCGGAGCGGCGGCCCCCGCCUCGGUCCGAAACUUUCAGAGAUAAAUCCCGGGAAAGUUUAGAGGAAGCUGCGAAGAGGCAAGAUGGAGGGUUGUUUAAGGGCCCACCAUACCCGGGUUAUCCCUUUAUAAUGAUCCCCGACCUCAGCAGCCCGUAUCUGCCCAAUGGAUCGCUCUCUCCGACGGCAAGAACGUAUCUGCAGAUGAAAUGGCCACUGCUUGAUGUUCAGGCAGGGAGCCUUCAGAGUAGACAAGCCCUCAAGGAUGCUAGGUCUCCAUCUCCAGCACACAUUGUUUCUAACAAAGUGCCAGUUGUGCAGCACCCACACCAUGUACACCCUCUUACGCCGCUUAUCACGUACAGCAAUGAGCACUUCACACCGGGAAACCCUCCUCCACACUUACCAGCCGACGUAGAUCCCAAAACAGGAAUUCCAAGGCCUCCACAUCCUCCAGAUAUAUCUCCUUAUUAUCCGUUAUCACCGGGCACUGUAGGACAAAUCCCCCAUCCGCUAGGAUGGUUAGUACCACAGCAAGGUCAGCCAGUGUACCCAAUCACGACAGGGGGUUUCCGCCACCCUUACCCAACAGCUCUGACUGUCAAUGCUUCCAUGUCAAGCUUUCUCUCCUCUAGGUUUCCUCCACACAUGGUCCCGCCACACCAUAGUUUACAUACAACUGGAAUCCCUCAUCCGGCCAUAGUCACACCAACAGUCAAACAGGAAUCUUCCCAGAGCGACGUCGGCUCACUCCACAGCUCAAAACAUCAGGACUCCAAAAAAGAAGAAGAGAAAAAGAAGCCACACAUAAAGAAACCUCUUAAUGCAUUUAUGUUGUAUAUGAAGGAAAUGAGAGCAAAAGUUGUAGCAGAAUGCACAUUGAAAGAGAGCGCAGCCAUCAACCAAAUCCUCGGUCGAAGGUGGCACGCGUUAUCCAGAGAAGAACAAGCGAAAUACUAUGAACUAGCAAGAAAGGAACGACAGCUUCAUAUGCAGCUGUACCCGGGCUGGUCCGCACGGGAUAACUAUGGAAAGAAGAAGAAGAGGAAAAGGGAUAAGCAGCCAGGAGAGACCAAUGAACACAGCGAAUGUUUCCUAAAUCCUUGCCUUUCACUUCCUCCGAUUACAGACCUGAGCGCUCCUAAGAAAUGCCGAGCGCGCUUUGGCCUUGAUCAACAGAAUAACUGGUGCGGCCCCUGCAGGAGAAAAAAAAAGUGCGUUCGCUACAUACAAGGUGAAGGCAGCUGCGUCAGCCCACCCUCUUCAGAUGGAAGCUUACUAGACUCUCCUCCGUCCUCCCCCGCCACGCUCGCCUCCCCCUCCAGAGACUCGAAACCACAGACUGAACAAACGCAACCCCUCUCGCUCUCAUUGAAGCCCGACCCGCUGGCGCACCUGGUCAUGAUGCCGCCGCCAUCCUCGCUCGUCCUCGCCGAGAGCGCUGCGAGCAAGCCCGGCGCCCUGCCUGCCGCCAGCUGCCCCAACGGGGCCCUGGACCACCCGCCGGCCGCCCUCCCGCCGGCCGCAUCCCUAGCGCAGCCCUCGACGUCCUCCCUGCAUUCCCACAGCUCGCUGCCGGGGACACAGCCCCAGCCGCUCUCCCUCGUAACCAAGUCCUUAGAAUAGCUUUAGCCUCGUUAGCCCUUUCCGUCUCCUUCGGGGGGAUUGAAUUCUGUUGGGGUUUGGGGGUUGGGUUUUUUUCCUUUUCUGUUUUUUUUUCUUUUUUCUCUUCUUCUUUUUUUUUUUCUUUUUUUUUUUUUUCCUUCUCCUCCUCGUCGUCGUCCGCUGUCCGUCGUCGUUUCUCGGUUUCGUUUUUAAUUCGUGCCGUGUGGCUACAUUAGUUGAUGUUUUAUCGAGUUCAUUGGUCAAUAUUUGACCCAUUCUUAUUUCAAUUUCUCCUUUUUAAAUAUGUAGAUGAGAAAAGCCUCAUGAUUCUGCCAAAAUUUUUAUCAACAGCUGUUUAAAGUCUUUGUAGCGUUUAAAAAAUAUAUAUAUAUACAUAAUUGUUAUGUAGUUCCAAUAGCUUAGUUUUAAAGACUGAUUUUAAAAAUUAAAAAAAAAAAAAAGAAGCAAUUUUGAAGCAGCCCUUGCCGGAGGCAUUGGUUCUUUAUUAUUUGUAUUAAAUACGAGCUUGCGAACCAAUCAUUUUACAUCUGGUUUUUAAACCUUUAAGGGCACAACGAAUGCGGUGCCGCUACUACUUCUUUUUUUUUUCUUCCUCGUGUGAAACAACCUUUAUUGUGAUGUUACUUGUUAUUGUUUAAAUGUACAGAAACAAAGGGUUAAAAAAAAUGUGUUAAUAUACCUUGUUCCAUGGUGUUGUUCUUUUUGGGGGAGGGAACGCUACUCAACAAUUAAAAGUAUCACAACGCUAUUGGACCAGUAGUAUUUAUUGCUUUAGAAAUUGCUUGUUGUAUCUGUAUGUUGUCCCUUUUUAAAUGUUUUUUUCUUCUUUUUUUCUUGAAACAUUGUAUAAAGGUUUUUUUUUUUCCCUUAGUGUAAGCAUCUUAUAUAUAACAACUCAUUUGUACAAGGUUUUUAAGUUUAUAUAUAAAUGUGUAUAUAUAUAUUUUUUCCGGGAUUUUUGUUUUUGAUUUCUUUUCGUGAUUUUUUUUUUUUUUUUUUUUUUUUUUUUUUUGCUAUAUGAAACACAGUUGCCACCAAAUGGACAUUCGCAGAUGCAUUUUUUUCAAGGAUCAAUAGUGUAAAAAAAAAAAAAAAUUGCUUUAAAAGCCAUUACACACAAAAAAGACUUGAAAAUUUAGCAAGGGAAUUUUUAGCAACGCUGUUUGAAAAAUAGCAAGGUCCAAGUGUCUCCCGUUCAGAACUGCAGCUGAAUCCCCUGCGACAUUAGGACUGUAGGCUGUGUGCAAAAUUUUUAUGUGCCAAAAUUCUCAGUGACUUUUAACUUUCUCCCGACAACUUUAUUAUUUUUUUUUAAUGCUGUAAUUUUUUUGUUCAUCAUGUUUUGCUGUGAUGUUACAUAGGUAGAUAUGUAUGUAGUUUUAAUGUCACCUAUAACAGACGUGUUUGGUAGCAGAUUGUCCGGAAAGCAUUUAAAAUGAAGAGGUAUAAACCCUUAAGGGCCAAAUUCUGUAUAUUAGAUUAUUCAUAAAAGGAAAAUCAGACUGCCACUUUUAUGUACACUUACUACAUACAGGUAGGUAGCAAACUUAAAACAAAAAAAAAAAAACCUAGGCAUGUUGAUGUUGCAAAAAACGCUGUAUAAAGCUGAAAAAUUGUUCAUCUGUUCAUUCAGUGCCAUUGUAGUUGACAUGAAGCGAUUGUAAAACUGUCUCAGAUUUUUCUCUGGUUUAUUAAGAUGCUAACUAUAACAUUUUUUGUGAAUACUUUGAAUGUUUCCUAACAGUUGUGAUGUUACUGUUCCGUUUUAUGCUCUUAUUCCGAUUUUCAUUUUUAAUGGUUUGGAAGCCAUUUUUUGUAAUGAAUAAAUGUUCAUGCUGUACAGUAUCUGUAGCAUGCAGUUCUGGAUUAAUAAAAGCAACUUAGUAUGUGCAGAGAA